AUGCCGGCCAGGAACCGAGGGAGACCAAGCCUGAGCCAGGGCUUGGACCGUGAGGUCUACCAAGUGGUGCGCAAGAUCAUCGAUGACCAGCCCGAGACCGGCCGCGUGCGUCUAUCGGUACCAGCGAUCUACGAUUCAAUCAAACGUUCCAAUUCCAGCCUGAACCGCAAACCCAAGAAGCUACUGGAGGACAGCGUCGAGCGGGUGCUGGAGGUUCUCAAGAGCGAUGGUCUCGACGGCGAUGAGGAAGACUCGAUGGACGGCGAUUUUGAAGGGCUCGAGGACCCUCCGGCGACAGCAGAGACCAACGGCCUGAACCGGAGCAUCGUCGGCAUGUGGUCGACAACCUCGAAAACGGACCCGUCCCAGAAACCCGCCGACUCCAAUGGCAAUGCCCCGACCCCGAAACCGUCCUCUUCUUCCAAGCGGAGACAGCAUGGAGGCGAAUCGGCAUCGAAACGGCGGAAAGCCGACGCCGCCAUUGAUCGAUCACCGCCCACCCACGUCAGUCUUGCGGACCUGGGCGGACUGGACGAUGUGAUUCAAGAAUUGGGGGAUAUGGUUAUCUUGCCCAUGACCCGGCCGCAGGUCUACCUGUCGUCCAAUGUGCAGCCCCCGCGCGGCGUGUUGUUGCAUGGCCCGCCAGGUUGCGGAAAGACCAUGAUCGCGAAUGCAUUUGCCGCCGAACUGGGUGUGCCGUUCAUCUCAAUCUCUGCGCCGACAAUUAUAUCCGGGAUGUCGGGCGAAUCCGAGAAGGCUCUGCGCGAUCACUUUGACGAGGCCAAGCGAAUUGCGCCCUGCCUUAUCUUUAUUGACGAAAUUGACGCGAUUACGCCCAAGCGGGAAAGCGCGCAGAGAGAGAUGGAGAAGAGAAUUGUGGCCCAACUCCUGACCUGCAUGGAUGAGCUCGCCCUGGAGAAAACGGACGGGAAGCCUGUGAUUGUUCUCGCUGCCACCAACCGCCCAGACAGCCUCGAUGCAGCGCUGCGUCGUGGUGGCCGCUUCGACAAGGAGAUCAACAUGACCGUGCCGUCAGAGCCGGUUCGAGAGCAAAUUCUGCGAGCACUUACACGCAAACUGCGCAUGGCGGAUGAUUUGGACUUCAAGGCUCUCGCUAAGCGAACACCAGGAUUCGUCGGUGCCGAUCUGAACGACCUGGUGUCAACUGCAGGCUCGGCGGCCAUUAAGAGGUAUCUGGAGAUCCUCAAAUCCAACAGCGGUGAGGAGAUGGAGAUUGAAGGCGCAGAUGAACUCAGCUUCAAAGUUCGGGAGCUGCGUCGUCUCAUCACGCACGCCAAGGAGACUCCCAUCGGCGAAGAAACCGAGACUGUCCUGGUUUCCAACGCCGACUUCUUCACCGCACUUCCCAAGAUCCAGCCGUCCUCUAAGCGUGAAGGCUUUGCCACCAUCCCAGAUACCACCUGGGCCGACAUCGGUGCUCUUGGCGGCGUUCGCGACGAGCUGUCCACCGCCAUUGUCGAGCCCAUCAUGAAUCCCGAUAUCUACGCCAGUGUCGGUAUCACCGCUCCGACCGGUGUGCUCCUCUGGGGUCCACCAGGUUGCGGUAAAACGCUACUGGCCAAGGCCGUUGCCAAUGAGUCCGGUGCCAACUUCAUCAGCGUGAAGGGACCAGAGCUGCUGAACAAGUUCGUCGGAGAAUCCGAGCGUGCCGUGCGGCAGGUCUUUGUGCGCGCCCGCUCAUCAGUUCCCUGUGUCAUCUUCUUUGACGAGCUGGACGCUCUCGUCCCGCGCCGAGACGACACUCUCUCCGAAGCGUCUGCCCGCGUUGUCAACACUCUCCUCACAGAGCUCGAUGGUCUAGGGAGCAGCCGUCAAGGUAUCUAUGUGAUCGCAGCCACCAACCGGCCUGAUAUCAUCGACCCGGCCAUGCUCCGGCCCGGCCGUCUUGAGACUCUAUUGUUCGUGAAUCUCCCCAGCCCGCUCGAGCGCGCCGAUAUCCUUCAGACGCUUGUGCGCAACCUGCCCAUCGACUUCAGUGAUGAACUCAGGAAUAUUGCGGAAGAGUGCGAGGGUUUCAGUGGUGCAGACCUGGGUAGUCUGCUUCGACGUGCUGGGUACUCGGCUAUCAAACGUCGGGAUACCAUCAAGUUGGAGGACUUCAAGGCUGCCAAGGCCUUUGUACGGCCGAGUGUAACGGAUAUGAAGAAGUACGAGAAGCUACGAAGGGAUUGGAGUGGCGGCGUCGUAUGA